CCGGGCGGGCAGGCACGGAGCCGCCGGCCGUCCCGCACCCGCGCACUUGCUGGAGAUGAGCCGCGCCGUGCUGCGGGUCUCCCUCCUGCUCCUGGCCGCUUUGGGUCGCGCCGGCGCCGGCAGCGAGCACGACCAGGAGCACGGCGGAGAGGACCCUCCUCCCUCCGGGGAGAAAGGUCCUGGCCACAGUCACUGGAGCUAUGAAGAGCGGGAGCACUGGGGGGUGGAUUACCCAGACUGUGCUGGCACUGUGCAGUCACCCAUCAACAUUGACAUGGCCAAGACCAUCUUCAGCCCCCAUCUGAGGCCGAUCCAGCUCUCGGGCUACAGCCUGCCUGCCAACGAGAAGCUCAAGCUGAAGAACAAUGGGCACACAGUUGUCCUCAAUCUGCCCGAAUCCCUGGCCAUCACAGGUGGCUAUGCCCAGCAGUACCGGGCCACGCAGCUGCACCUGCACUGGGGCUCCCCAUCAGGACCUGGCUCAGAACACACCAUCAACGGGCACCGCUUUGCUGCCGAGAUCCACGUGGUUCACUACAACACCAAGUAUGACAGCUUUAAGGAAGCAAUGGUCCACCCAGAUGGCCUGGCUGUACUUGGAGCCUUCCUGGAGGUUGGGCCACGGGAGAACCCAUACUACCAGGAAAUAAUUAAGCAUCUGUAUGAAAUCCAAGGAGAAGGCGAGGAAGUUUUGGUGCCCGGAUUCAACAUCGCAGGUCUGCUACCUGCCAACCUGAAACUCUACUUCCACUACAAUGGCUCUCUGACCACCCCUCCCUGCUACCAGACAGUGAAGUGGACACUCUUCAACCAGACCAUGUUGCUCUCUCAUGACCAGAUGUCAGUGCUGGCAAUGAGCCUGAGAAACGAUGACAACAAACCUCUGCAGAACAAUUACCGGCCGGUGCAGGGCCUGCACGGGCGACGGGUGCUGGCGAGCUUCCAGACCUCCCUCUUGCUGGAGAAAGAGAUGCCUCCUGGUGCUGAUGGCUCAGCAGCAACAGGACACGCCAGCUCUUCAUUUCAUGCAGGAGAUGUGCUGGCUGUGCUCUUCGGGGUGCUCUUUGCCAUCACAGCACUGGCCUUCCUGCUGUACAUCUACAAGCACCGCAGCCAGAACGCACGGCUGGACUCGCCGACCAAAUCCAAGGUCAUCUACACGGCAGCCACCACCGAGAACACUGCAUGAGCCCCGUGUCCCUUCAGGGGUCCCAGCUCCUCUGGUUCUGCCUGCCCCCCCACCUCCCCUCACUCCCACCCUGGGCCUAGGGAGGGCCAGCACUCCAGCAUCCUUCAGCUGCAUGGGCUGCUCACACAGACUAUUGGGGAUAUUUUUGUUAUAAAAAAAUAAAAAACAUUUUACAAAAAAAUAUUAAAAAAUGUAAAAUCCU